GCGCAGUAGCAGGGUCGGCCUGGGCAGUCGCUAAGCGCGUGUGUUGGGCAAUCGCGCGCCGCAGCGGAGCGAGUCGAGCCUCGAUUUUGUCGGUGUCCAUUGUGGGCUGCGGACUUAUACAGGGGUCAUGGCGCCGGCGGAAAUCCUGAACGGGAAGGUCAUCUCUGCGCAAAUCAGGGAGAGACUGAAGAACCAAGUCAUUCAGAUGAAGGAGCAAGCACCUGGUUUCACACCAGGUCUGGCAAUUUUACAGGUUGGCAACAGAGAUGAUUCUAAUCUUUAUAUAAAUGUGAAGCUGAAGGCUGCUGAAGAGAUCGGGAUCAAAGCCACGCACAUUAAGUUACCGCGAACGGCCACAGAAUCUGAGGUGUUAAAGUGCAUUACAUCUUUGAAUGAAGACCUCAAUGUGCAUGGUUUCAUAGUGCAGCUACCUUUAGAUUCAGAGAAUCCCAUUAACACUGAAGCAUUGGUCAAUGCUAUUGCACCCGAAAAGGAUGUGGACGGAUUGACUAGCAUCAGUGCUGGAAAACUUGCUAGAGGUGACCUAAAUGACUGUUUCAUCCCUUGUACACCCAAAGGAUGCUUGGAACUCAUCAAGGAGACAGGGGUGCAGAUCGCUGGAAGGCACGCUGUGGUGGUCGGGCGCAGUAAAAUAGUUGGUGCCCCAAUGCAUGACCUGCUUCUGUGGAGCCACGCCACAGUGACCACCUGCCACUCCAAGACUGCCCACCUAGGCGAGGAGGUAAGUAAAGGUGACAUCCUGGUAGUUGCAACUGGUCAGCCUGAAAUGGUGAAAGGGGAAUGGAUCAAACCUGGGGCAAUAGUCAUCGACUGUGGAAUCAAUUAUGUCCCAGAUGAUACAAAAUCAAGUGGGAGGAAAAUUGUGGGUGAUGUGGCAUACAAGGAGGCCAAGGAGAGGGCAAGCUUCAUUACUCCUGUUCCUGGUGGCGUCGGGCCAAUGACGGUGGUGAUGCUAAUGCAGAGCACGGUAGAGAGUGCAAAGCGUUUCCUGGAGAAAUUUAAGCCAGGGAAGUGGAUCAUUCAGUAUAACAAACUUAACCUGAAGACACCCGUGCCAAGUGACAUUGAUAUAUCACGGUCUUGCAAGCCAAAGCCCAUUGGUAACCUGGCUCGAGAAAUUGGUCUGAGCUCUGAAGAGGUAGAAUUGUAUGGUGAAACCAAGGCCAAAGUCCUGCUGUCAGUACUGGAACGCCUGAAGCACCAGCCCGACGGGAAAUACGUGGUGGUGACCGGAAUAACUCCAACACCCCUGGGAGAGGGGAAGAGCACAACCACGAUUGGGCUGGUGCAGGGCCUCAGUGCCCAUCUCCAUCAGAAUGUCUUCGCGUGUGUGCGACAGCCUUCUCAGGGCCCCACCUUCGGAAUAAAAGGUGGUGCUGCAGGCGGCGGCUACUCACAGGUCAUUCCUAUGGAAGAGUUUAAUCUCCACCUUACUGGUGACAUCCAUGCCAUCACUGCGGCUAAUAACCUUGUGGCUGCAGCCAUCGAUGCCCGGAUGUUCCACGAACAGACCCAGACAGACAAGGCCCUCUUUAAUCGUUUGGUACCAUCAGUAAAUGGAGUGAGAAAGUUCUCUGAUAUCCAAAUCCGGAGGUUACGGCUCUGGGAUUUGAGAUCAAGGGACUUGUCAAUGGCCACAGCACCCCUCACCAGGUUGGAACUAGAACGUCGAUCUUCUGUUUCCUGGUCCCCAGGCAUCCUCUCUUGUGCUGUAUUAUCACAGUCUACCCACCAGAGACUAGGCAUUGAAAAGACUGACCCUACCACACUGACAGAUGAAGAGAUAUACAGAUUUGCAAGAUUGGACAUUGAUCCAGAAACUAUAACUUGGCAAAGAGUGCUGGAUACCAAUGACAGAUUCCUGAGGAAGAUCACAAUUGGACAGGCUCCCACGGAGAAGGGGCACACACGGACGGCCCAGUUUGAUAUCUCCGUGGCCAGUGAAAUCAUGGCUGUCCUGGCUCUCACCAGCUCUCUAGAAGAUAUGAGAGAGAGACUGAGCAAAAUGGUGGUGGCAUCCAGCAAGAAAGGGGAGCCCAUUAGUACCGAAGAUCUGGGAGUGAGCGGGGCAUUGACAGUACUCAUGAAGGACGCCAUCAAGCCCAAUCUCAUGCAGACAUUAGAGGGCACUCCAGUAUUUGUUCACGCUGGGCCAUUUGCCAACAUCGCACACGGGAAUUCCUCCAUCAUUGCAGACCGGAUUGCACUCAAGCUUGUUGGUCCCGAAGGGUUUGUAGUGACUGAAGCAGGAUUCGGAGCAGACAUUGGAAUGGAAAAGUUCUUUAACAUCAAAUGCCGGUAUUCUGGUCUCCGCCCGCAUGUGGUGGUGCUUGUUGCCACUGUCAGGGCUCUGAAAAUGCACGGAGGCGGCCCCACGGUUACUGCUGGACUUCCUCUGCCCAAGGCUUACGUAGAGGAGAACCUGGAGCUGGUUGAAAAAGGCUUCAGUAACUUGAAGAAACAAAUUGAAAAUGCCAGGAUGUUUGGAGUUCCAGUGGUAGUGGCCGUGAACGCCUUCAAGACAGAUACGGAGGCCGAGCUGGACCUCAUCACCCGCCUCGCCAAAGAACAUGGGGCUUUUGAUGCUGUGAAGUGCACUCACUGGGCAGAAGGGGGCAAGGGCGCCCUGGUGCUGGCUCAGGCCGUCCAGAGGGCAGCUCAGGCACCCAGCAGCUUCCAGCUCCUCUAUGACCUCAAGCUCCCAGUUGAGGAUAAAAUCAGGAUCAUUGCACAGAAGAUCUAUGGGGCAGAUGACAUUGAAUUGCUCCCGGAAGCACAGCACAAAGCUGAAGUCUACACAAAGCAGGGCUUUGGGAAUCUGCCCAUCUGCAUGGCCAAGACACACUUGUCCUUGUCUCACAACCCAGAGCAAAAAGGCGUGCCCACUGGCUUUGUCCUCCCCAUUCGCGACAUCCGCGCCAGCGUUGGGGCUGGCUUUCUGUACCCCCUGGUGGGAACGAUGAGCACCAUGCCUGGACUCCCUACCCGGCCCUGUUUCUAUGAUAUUGAUUUGGACCCUGAAACUGAGCAGGUGAAUGGGCUGUUCUAAACAGAUUGUCCAUCUUCAAGAAGCAACUUUGAAAGUUUGGCUAGUGUUUAUUCAGGCCUCCUAUCGGGAAGUGUGUGGAAGUUGAGAGAAGUCAGUCCCGGCCCCGAAGAUUUUCUGAAAAAUAAGUAGUGGGAGUUUUCCCAGAAGCCUUUCUUCAGUCUUAAUUCCCACCAUUGUGUAUAAAUCAACACAAAUCAUUCAUGCACAUGCCUAAUUACUUUACUGCAUCCAUAGAAUAAAAGUAAAUAAUUUUGCAA